AUGGUCGUAUCCGGUACAAUAUCACGCGUUCAGAGGAUGAUUGAUCACGUCGUGAGUCCUGAACGGAGAUCACAGUUCUAUGGGAAUGUCUCCGAGUUCUUUCAGGAACAACCACUUAUUGCUACAUUCCUCCUCGCUACCCUCACCAUAUCUCUCCCACCUCUCCUUCUUUUCACAACCUUCACCCUCUCCGUCCUCGCCUUUUCCUUCAUAUCCGCCAUUCUAUUCUCCUUCUUCUGGAUUGGAAUCGCUACUCUCUUACUCGUGCCAACCCUCUUCGUUACAUGUGGGCUUGGUAUCAUUAUAUGGGUGUGGGCUGUUAGCUCGUGGAUUGUAGCCCGAUGGCUCUAUGGGUUUGUACCUGUCACUAAGGGGUCAGGAGAAAUUAGAUUGCAGGAUGGGAAAAGAAUGGUGGUGAAAAAGGAAGAAGGGGAGAUGCCGCAGGUGGGGGUUAGGAAUGGGGUUUGA